ACCCUGCCCGCCUCCUCAUCCGCGCUCUUUGCUUUUAAUUCGUUCUUUAAGGCCCGUCUUUGUGUUUUCUGUAUUCUUUGCCUCGUGACAUGCGGUAUUCUAUAAUCUAUCUUCACCCCCGAUCUGCUCCUCUUGUGUCUCAGUCGCUUGGUUUCCUCUCUCUUUUACAAUACUGGCCGCCCGCCGCGUGCUCAAUUCCAAAAUACACCCUACGACCCUGAACUGUGAAUAGCUCUAUGGGAAUAGGCCCUUUCUCAAGCUGUCAUCUUCCUCAGCCAUAAAAUCUUCCCAUACCCUACGUUUGCCACCCCGCAGCAUGGGAAAUGCUGAACAUCUACCAUACACAGCCGAGAGCCCGCCUAUCAACCCGCCCAAGGACCGGCGACGAUGGCGGAGCGAACACGGCCUUUCUGCGAGGGCAGAUGCAGAUGCCCUGCUUAGCCCUUCGUCCGUAAAAGCUUCUCUGGCCGACUCAACACCUGCACUCGAAUCUGGAUCUCACUCUUUCCUGGAGCCACGUGGGGAAGCAAUUACACCACCCCGGCGGCCAUCAUCCACACCUUACACAUUUUCAGAUGGAGAAGCAGACCAUGUCGAUACGAUGUCUCAUAUACAAUCUUUCAAUGGCGAAGAAUCAUCAAACCAUGCUCAGCAGCUGGUUCUGGGUCUGGCUGGCUCAUUACGGCCGUCCAGUCCGUCGGAAUCUGACCAUUCUCUCUUCUCGACAGUACCAACCGAAAUACACGAGGCGAUUUUGGAUCAGAUUUUUGGAAAAAACAUACCGCCACAUAUGGCUAGCUCCCUCUGGGCCCCUAGUGUAAACCCAAGCUGGAGCAGCGUGUUACGCAAUGCACGACGAAAAGAGGUUACAGACCUCGCCUUUGUCAACCGGACAUGGAGGGUUCUCGUGCAACAGCGACUUUAUCGACAUAUAAAAGUGAAGGCUACGGUGAAAUCAAUACAAAAUGCCAUACAACACUUUGUUGAACGCCCCAGCCUCGCUAAGUACGUUAAACAUGUGGAAGUAUGGUUUCCCGUCUUUCAAGGUGCAAGGGAUACAUCGAGCAUGUCCGCGGUGGCCAUAUUUGGAGAACGAGAGGCAGGCAAAGCGGCUGACGAUGAAAAUUGCUCUCUUGAAGCCGCCUUUAGGUUCAUUGUCAUCACUCUUCCAAAUGUCAGCAUCGUCACAAUCGAAGGAGGAGAACGCCGAAAAGCACCCAGGAUUCGAUAUUUUGAUAACGAGGCUGACAUUCAUCGUCCCAAAUCCUUGCCAAAGCUGUUUACUCCUCAUACGCUCAUCAUACAGGGCCAGUGGAACAUUUGCCGUAGCCCACAAGACUUUCAGACCAUUUUGGCGGGCUUUCCAAAUCUUGAAGAAUGGCACGGAGCAUACAGCAAAAACAAAUCAAAAAGCUACAUUAGUCUCGCGGAAUUCCUGCCCUUUCUGCCUCAACGGAUCACGUCUGUCCGCUUGUGCUUGGAAACUGAUUAUCGACGAGAAGCAUCCAUGGCCCCGUUUUACGCAAAGGUUACCAACAAAAUUCACAUUUGCGAAGCGGCAGGCAGCAUUGCGAGCCAGUUGGAGAGCUUUGCUUACACUGGGCGAAUGUGUCCAGUCUUCUUCCAAACUGCUAUCAAGUCAAAAGACCCAUCCAAACUCAAGUCGAUUGAUAUUACACUGAAAAACUGCUGCUGCACACCGGAUCUGCUUGUAGAGUCUGGAUCUGGGAUUCAGAACCCCUUCUUUAUAGCUGCCUUUGAGAGACUUGUUCUCGCGGCCAUUGAGACCCUGAAGCGUUUCACAAAGGUUGAAUUUUUUCGCAUACGAUUUAUCGAUCUUGAUGCGGCUCUGCCACCGUUGAAUCCUUUUUUCCUUAUCAAGGACGGCAGAUGUUCUGGGGUCUGGACGGAUCAGAUUGUGGCAGAGGUCCUAACAGCUCGACCGGGCAUCGUCUUUCCCGUUCUAGCAGAACAUUUUGGCCACAUUUCGCAGGCAAAGGACGGGCGAAUGACCAUUUUACCAGAGUGGCCAGAGACGAGAGUGACGUCGCUCAAGAUAUCUAAUUACGAUAAGUUCGCUGCACAUCGAAUGACGAUACACUGAGCCGCCACGCCUCGAGGCAAAAGCAUUACCAUGAGAGGAGCGCUGCACAAAACAUAUUUAUUUUUGACCUUUUAUAUCUGGUGUGAAUCAUUCCCGUCGGCAACGAAUUCGGGCAUAAAGCGAGAAUGCUUUAUUUUAUUUACAGCUUUUGGAUGAUGGAAGGAUACCCCGAGAACGGCGUUGUAGGGCGGACGCGGUUUAGCGAUGUGCCGUGCACCCAAUUUUUGAUUUUGGAAGAUGGUUUAUUCAUUAAAUAAAAGUAAAGCGUAGAGUAAAAUUACAACCAUUUUUUGACAUGACUAUUUUGGUGACCACUUAUUCGGCGUGCAGCUUCGGUACUGCCGUGGACGCAGAGCCAGCAAUACCAUCGCUGACAAUGAUGCCGAGAAUCCAGCAGUUGGCAAGGAAGAAGGCGAGCGUUGCAAGCCAUAGACCGGGGAAGAAUGUACUAUUGCCGAGGAAUUCGAGUUCGAAGCCUUGCUGAAGCCAUGCUCCUUGUGUAACAAUCCAUAUAACCAGGGCAGAGAUGCCGAGCGCAGGGCGCUUAAGUAGCGAAGAGCCUGGCAGAUAUAGGGGCAAAAAGAUCAUAUACCAAAGGAAG